CGGUGUUGACGUUUUCUCACAGUUUAAGCAUAUAGCGUUAGGUUACACGAGUGACAUUUUAGUAUCUAUAUCACGAUAAUAUAUUCCCUAAUAUAAACGCGCAUACAUAUAUCGUAAGGCGUUAUUAAAUAAGCUCUGAAACCUGAUUCUUCAGCUUCAGAGUAAUCGACGGUUCACCGGAAGAGGCCGUCGCUGAGGCUCAGUCAGAGUUGAGAGGUUAUCAACGUCACGUCAAGCUAGCAGGUAAAGCAGCUCGUCCUAUUUAUGAUAAAAAUGUCAACUACAGAAGAAGAAGAAACGGAGAUGCCUAUUCCAUGUGUGGUCAUCACAAGCUGUGACGGUGGUUUUAAAGAAGAAGAGCUGAUAAAACAUAUCCUCAGUUCGAAGACUUUACCCGAGCCGAUCAAACGAGAAGAAACAGUAGACUGGUACCCAUGGACCAUCGACAACAAAUAUUAUACAGCGGAUGUCAGGCUAUGCGUUGUGCCAAGCACCUUCCAUAUGUCACCGGAGAUCGCCCAGUCCAUGCAGGCUUUCAUCGCUUAUUUUGACAGUUCAGCGAAAGACGGUCUGGAAAAGCUACUUCCUUGGAUAUCUGCGGUGGAAGAUCUUUCUCCAGAGGUGCUCAUUCUAGUGUGUGAAAGAGUCUGUGAAAAUGGGGUCACCAGACAUGAAGCACAGCAGUGGUGUUUGGCUCAUUCCUUCGAGCUGGUGGAGCUUAGUCCACAGGAAUUGCCUGAUGAGGAUGAUGACUUUCCAGAAUCCACAGGAGUAAAGAGAAUUGUCCAGGCUCUCAAUGCCAACGUGUGGUCCAGUGUAGAAAUGAAGGAUGGGCACAAUCAGGGCUUCGGUCUGAUAAGCACUUUGGUUGCCGCCAGACACAACAACCCACACAGCCGUCAAGAUCCACAGCAGUCUUCCAGUUUGCCAGUAGAGGAGUCGCGUGUCAGUGAGGAGACCAACCAUACAGAAAGUAGUGGAAACCCAGAGACACAGGGAAACACAGUUGUUGAUGCAAUGACUGAUUUGGACAUUCAAGAACUCGCUAAUCUCACUGCUGGAGAUGCAGAUGUGGAUAACUUUGAACGUCUCUUCAGCAAAUUAAAAGAGAUGAAAGACAAAGCGUCUUCAUUACCUCAUGAGCAGAGAAAGGUUCAUGCAGAGAAGGUAGCAAAAGCGUUUUGGACAGCCAUCGGUGGUGAUGACGAUGAGAUAGACGGGUUAUCAUCGGGAGAGGAAAGCUAAAAGCUGUGACUCAGUCUCUUUUCUCCUGGUCCUCCCACAAGAUCCAGCGCCCUUGGACUUGCAUCUUUCACCUGGAAAGUGGAGAUGCUUACAGAUGGUACUGUAGGCAUAGUUAUAUUUAGACAGUUUUGAUUCUUAAGAUGAAAUGAUUGCAAUACACGUGUAUAGUGAGCAGCAGUUGAGUAUUUUGAUUGGGGAGAUUAGUGAUACCCUGGAUCCCUCGCUCGGCUCUGAGCCCUGAGUGAACCGCAACACCUGGUGUUGCAGGUGAAGAAAACUACAAAUAUGUGGGCUUUAAUUUGAGUGUAUGUCUUUGAGGUACAAUUGUCACAUAUAUUUUAAGUGACAUAAUGUGCCUUAUACUUCUGAGUUGUAAGAUGUUAAAUGCACAUUCUGUUGAAUCAACAUAAAGACUUGUGAUUUAACUUGU